AUGGCUGUCGAGGGCACCUCUCCCGUGUCGCCCAUUCCCGUCGAUGAGCUGACCAAGAUCACCUCCGAGGUAUGUCCAAGCGCAUCCCAUGCGCCGGCCGUCGCGCGCCAUUUCCACAUGCUCCAAAAAGAAUACCCACGCUCACACAAGUCCCCGACUCAGGCCUGUGACACCGCUUUGAAGAGCGCCACUGAAUACGAACAUGCCAAGGUUGGCGAGUGGAACUCCCAGAUCAUCAACACCGUCCUGAAGUCCCUCAUUACUGCCACCACCCCCUCCGACUCCUCCAAGCCUGCACCCUACCGCUUCACUGUCAACAGCACCAUCGUCCAGCAGGGCCUGAUCGAUAAGGCUGCCGCUGCGGACGGCACACAGUCCAACGCCGGCAAGCGCGGAAUGCACUCGGCCUCCGGCGCCUUCUGGGAUGUCAACCGCGAUGGCAUGUGGACUUUCAAAUAUCCUGGCGCCGAAGAGCGGGGGCUGGACGUCGUCGUGAGUGUGACUUGGUUCGCCAUGAACUAG